AUGGAAACCAAGUUAUCUAUCUUCUUAUGCUUCUAUGCACUUCUUGUAUUUGUUGUAACAAGUAUGCCUUUCGAAGAUGAGAAACAAUAUGGUGAAACAAAAGAGUCAAAGAAAGAUAUUAGAAUUAAUGGACAUUUACACGAUCUCAGCAAAGGUAAAAUUUGGAUAGGCAUUGGUGGAAAAAUAAACAGGAGCUGCGGUGGAAACAUUAUAAACUUUCAUGAAGGUCGAAAAAUGGACGAUGGUGGAAACGUUGUAAAAUUUCCCAGUGGUGGAAGAUCGGGCUACGGUGGAAAGGUCGUCAACUUUCCUAAAGGUGGAAAAGACGGCGGCCGUAGAAACAUCAUAAUCUUCCCCGGAGUUGAAGAAGGGGGCGGUGGUGGGAACGUGGGCGAUGGUGCAUAA